GCCGAGUAAGACACAGAGUGAGAGCGGAGCUUCUCAAGCUAUCAUGCCCGACAAAACAUCAAGCGAGAACAAGUACACAAUUCACCUCUACACUCCAUCGAAAUGUCGUCCGACAAGGCAGCCCGCAGGCUGGACGCCAUCGGCCGCCAGCUCGCCCCGGCCGACGACAACAACACCCUGCCGCCCAUCAAGACGGUGGCGGGCGACUCGGCGUCGCCGCGCGUCAAGGACAAGGUGGUCAUCGUCACGGGCGCCAACUCGCCGCUCGGCAUCGGCCGCGCCGCCGCCCACCAGUUCGCCGCCAACGGCGCGCGCGCCGUCUACCUCUGCGACCACGACGACUCGCACCUCCUGGCCCACCAGCGCGAGAUGCUCUCCCUCUACGCCUCCCCACCACACCAAGGGCCCGCUCUAGAGGUGCACGUGCGGCAGUUCGACGCGGCCGACGAGGAGGCCGUCAAGGGCGUGGUCGCCGACGCGCUGGCGCGGUACGGGCGGCUCGACGUCUUCUUCGCCAACGCGGGCGUGGUGGGGCCGCCCACUCUCUUCACCGACGCCGACGCCGACGGCUUCAUGGACGUCAUGCGCGUCAACGCCCUGGGGCCCUUUUUGGCCGCCAAGCACGCCGCGCCCGCCAUGGGCCGCGUCGUGCCGUCCAAGCCCGUGUCCGGGGGUAGCAUCAUCAUGACGGCGUCGGUCGCCGGGAUCCGCUCCAACGCCGGCCCGACCCCCUACAGCGCUAGCAAGGCCGCCGUCGUGUCCAUGGCCCAGACCAUGGCGUACCAGCUGGCGGGGACCGGGGUGCGCGUGAACGCCAUCUGCCCCGGCCUGAUCGAGACGGGCAUGACGGCCCCCGUGUUUGAGGGCGCCCGCCGCCGCGGCACCGAGGGCAAGGUCGGGCAGCUGAACCCGCUCAAGAGGGCGGCCCACGCCGACGAGGUGGCCCGCGUUGCGCUGUUUCUGGGCAGCGACGAGAGCUCGUAUGUCAACGGCCAGGCCUGGGCUGUCGACGGCGGCCUGAGUGCGGGGCAUCCGUACGUCCCGGGGAAGACGAGCUAGCUGGGCGGGGAUUUCUGCUGAGGCACAAACAAGACAUUUUGCGUGUUGCGUGUUACCCGAGUUACACUUUUAGCGUUAAUUUGUAAACUCUGACAACGUCUUGUAAGCAUGGACAACGUCUUGAAAAAAUGUGAGAGUUGUUGAUUUGUUUUUAUGGACCCCACCAU